AUGACACUUCGCCCCAACACUACACCAUCUGACUCCCAGGGAGACUUUGUAAAGUUAAAACUCGCUUACUUUAGCAAUGAGUUCCCAAGAGAUGAUUUGCAUGACCUUCUCCGUCUACUGUGGUCCCGCAGUAAGGAUAGGACACACCCUAUCUUGGCCAACUUCAUUGAUGAAGCUACCCUAGCUAUUCGCGAGGAGAUACGGCUGUUACCGAAUGCGCUGAGGACAUUGAUUCCGCCUUUCCAAACAAUUUUCAACUUUGCAGACUAUCCAGAGCUUCGUAAAGGCCAACUAUCGGGAUCCAUAGACGGAGUCUUGCUCGUUGCUGUUGAGCUGGCCACAUUCAUAGGGUACUAUGAAAGUCAUCCUGAUCAAUUUGAUUUCGAUUCUGCAAACAGCUUUCUGGCUGGAUUGGGUAUCGGAUUGUUGGCAACUACCGCCAUAUCUUUGUCUUCGACGCUGGCAGACAUUCCCGUCGCUGGAGCAGAAGUGACUCGCCUUGCUUUUCGACUUGGGGUCUUAGUGGAUGACAUUUCAAUUAAUUUGCAGCAACGUGACUGGAGUAGCCCAGAUACACCUGAUUCUUGGGCUUAUGUAAUACCCAAUGUUGAAGCGGACGUGGUCCAGAAGGAACUUGACAUAAUUCAUGCGAAAGAGAAAGCGCCCGAGGCGAGUAAGAUCUUUAUUAGCGCUCUCAGUCAGACAUCCGUGACUGUAAGUGGUCCACCAGCAAGGCUGAAGAACGUCUUCCGCGUAUCGGAUUUUUUCCGUGACCGCAAAUUCAUUUCAUUGCCUGUGUUCUCUGGUUUAUGUCAUGCAAGCCACAUUUAUGACGAGAAACAUGUGAGAGAGGUAGUCAGAAAAAGCCCUCUAGACUCAAGCUUUAAGUAUUCCCCGGGUAUACCAAUCUUUUCUACGAGCACAGGAAGACCGUUUGAGGCCUCGACGGCUACAGAGCUGUUCGAACGCGUUAUUCAUGAGAUCCUAACGCAAAAGAUUCAAUGGGAGAAAGUUGUUGAUGGCAUUAUCGAAAAUGCUAACAAUUCUGGGACUGUCGACGUUCAAGUGCUCGUCUUCCGUGUAUCUCUACCAAUUCAUGACCUAGUGGAAGCCGUGAAAACCCACUUGCCACAGGCUAAUGCGACUACCGAUGAACUCAUUUCAUGGGCACAUGAGGGGUCUCUUUCGAUCUCCCCAAGGGGAUCAUUGCAGUCGAAAAUUGCCAUCGUGGGCAUGUCGUGUAGACUGCCUGGGGGAGCGACAGAUACCGAAAGUUUUUGGGAGCUACUUGAAAAGGGACUCGAUGUACACAAAAAAAUCCCAGCAGACAGAUUUGACGUGGACUCUCACUAUGACCCUGCUGGAAAGAGAGUAAAUGCUAGCCAUACACCCUAUGGUUGCUUUAUCGAUGAACCUGGGUUGUUUGAUGCGCCAUUCUUUAACAUGUCCCCUCGUGAAGCAGAACAGACAGACCCCAUGCAACGAUUAGCAUUAGUUACAGCAUAUGAAGCACUCGAAAGGGCAGGAUACGUUGCGAACCGCACAGAGUCCACAAAUUUACAUCGCAUUGGAACUUUCUAUGGGCAAGCAAGCGAUGAUUAUAGAGAGGUCAAUACAGCUCAAGAAAUUAGUACUUAUUUUAUUCCAGGUGGUUGCAGAGCCUUUGGCCCAGGCCGUAUCAACUAUUUCUUCAAGUUUUCAGGUCCCAGUUACAGCAUUGACACCGCGUGCUCAUCCAGUCUGGCCACAAUCCAAGCCGCAUGCACAUCUCUUUGGAAUGGUGAUACAGAUACAGUGGUAGCUGGAGGAAUGAAUGUCCUUACUAACUCUGAUGCUUUUGCUGGCCUGAGCCAUGGCCACUUCCUGUCCAAAACGCCCAAUGCUUGCAAAACAUGGGAUUCGCAAGCGGAUGGCUACUGUAGAGCCGAUGGUAUUGGGUCAAUUGUCCUCAAACGCUUCGAAGAUGCAGAGGCAGAUAAUGAUAAUAUACUAGGUAUCAUCCUCGGCGCAGGGACUAAUCAUUCCGCCGAUGCGAUCUCAAUCACUCAUCCUCAUGCAGGAUCCCAAUCAUAUCUUUCUCGAGAGAUAUUGUCUGCUUCGGGUAUCAAUCCUCUCGACGUUAGCUAUGUGGAAAUGCAUGGAACCGGGACUCAGGCAGGCGACAAGGAAGAAAUCCAAUCUGUCUCCAAUGUAUAUGCGCCUAUCACGGGAAAUCGACGUCAUUCAAAGCAGCCGCUCUAUAUAGGUGCAGUGAAGGCAAACGUGGGCCAUGGAGAAGCUGUCGCUGGCGUGACUGCUUUGCUAAAGGUCUUGUUGAUGUUCGACAAAGAAAUGAUUCCUCCGCACGUAGGUGUCAGAAAUGGCAUCAAUCCUACAUUCCCGAAGGACUUGGAUAAGCGGAACCUCCACAUACCCUUUGAGAAAACCCCAUGGAUUCGAGACCCCGGGAGGAAGCGGAUCGCAGCAAUUAACAACUUUAGCGCAGCGGGCGGCAAUACAACGCUUUUGAUUGAGGAAGGGCCCAUACGUGAGGUUACUGCCGUAGACCCUCGCUCAACUCAUGUGGUGGCCGUAUCUGCAAAAAGCAAGGGGUCACUGAAGAGAAACCUAGAGAGAUUUAUAACUUAUUUGGGAAAGAAUCCUGGUGCUUCUAUAUCGAACUUGUCAUACUCAUCAACAGCCAGACGUUACCAUCACAACUACAGAAUUGCUGUGGGGACUUCAGAUAUUCAGGAAUUAAAGAAGCAACUCAACUUCCACCUCAAUAAAGUUGAUUCACAUAAGCCGAUUCCGAACACUGGGCCGCCCUCCGUUGUCUUUGCCUUUACCGGUCAGGGCUCAUCUCAUAAAUCUUCGGACCUAGCACUUUUCAAACAAUCUCCUGUAUUUCGUUCCCAUAUCUUGACUCUCGAUGGCCUGGCACAGAAACAAGGUUUUCCCUCGUUCGUUCCUUCAAUUGACGGCAGCUUUCUCAAAGACCACAAACACUCUCCAGUGGUGGUACAGCUUGCUCUUCUCUGUACUGAGAUUGCAUUGGCGAAAUAUUGGGGCAGCCUUGGUAUUAAACCUGAUGUUGUUAUCGGCCACAGUCUAGGAGAGUAUGCAGCAAUGCACGUCGCUGGUAUACUUUCAGCAAAUGAUGCUAUCUUCCUGGUAGGUAAGAGGGCACAGCUUCUACAAGAGAAAGUUGCCAUCGGCAGUCACAAGAUGAUGGCAGUCAGAGCAUCAGUUGAGCAAAUUCAGGACGCUGCAGGAGACAAAUCAUUUGAAAUUGUCUGCAUAAACGGGCCCAAGGAGACCGUGCUUAGUGGGACUAGUGAGGAAAUCCAGGCAAUUUAUGAGCCUCUUCAAGUUGCUGGUUACAAAACUCACAUUCUUGAUAUCGAUUUCGCAUUCCAUUCGUCUCAGACCGACCCUAUCCUAGACGAUUUCGAGGAGAUUGCUAGAAGUAGUACUCUUUUCCAGGAGCCUCAUGUUCCUAUCAUAUCCCCGCUGCUUGAAAGGGUCGUAUUUGAUGAUAAAACCAUUGACGCAAAAUACCUGAGACAAUCAACUCGGCAGACGGUCAACUUUCUUUCUGCACUUCGAUUUGCAAAAGAUAUUUCAAUAAUUGAUGAAACGCAGGUAUGGAUUGAAAUUGGUCCGCACCCAGUUGCUACCAGCUUUGUGAAAGCUACAUUACCAUCUGUCAAUGUCACAGUCCCAUCGCUACGCCGUGACGAGGACAACUUCUUCACGUUGGCCCACAGCCUUGCAGCCCUUCAUGUUGCUGGAGUUCAAAUCAACUGGAGUGAAUUUCAUCGACCAUAUGAAAGUGCACUUCGUCUCUUAGAUCUACCUACGUAUGCUUGGAACGACAAAAACUACUGGAUUCAAUAUAAUGGCGAUUGGGCACUUACCAAGGGAAAUACUUUCUACAAUGCUGAAAAGGGUCUUGCAGCAGCAAAGACGACUCCAGUAGUAAGCUCGAGCUUGAGGACUUCUACUGUCCAGCAAAUAAUAGAGGAAAGCUUUAAUGGGUCUGCGGGAAAAGUCACUAUGCAGUCUGAUUUGAUGCAGCCAGACUUUCUUGCUGCUGCUUAUGGACAUAAGAUGAAUGGAUGCGGUGUGGUUACUUCUUCUAUUCACGCUGAUAUUGCGUAUACUCUGGGAGAAUAUCUUCACAAGAAACUUAUCCCCAAUACUAAGACUGUUGACAUCAAUGUUGCGAAUCUUGAGGUUUCUAAGGGUCUAGUUGCCCGAAAGAAUACUAGCGUCCCUCAAUACAUCCAAGUCUCUCUAUCCACGGCAGAUAUCCAUUCUGGAGUUGCAGUGCUCAAAUGGUACAAUGUCCAAACUAAUGGGAUGAUUGCUGAGCCAUUUGCCACUGCCAAUAUCUUUUAUGGUAAUUCGAAUCAAUGGUUGGAUUCUUGGAUACCAGUUACACAUCUCGUUCAAGGCCGUAUCGAGGCUCUUGAGAGGCUCGCUGCAGAAGGUGUCGCUAAUCGAUUCUCUCGUACAAUGGCUUACACUCUUUUUGCCAGCAAUCUAGUAGACUAUGCCGACAAAUACCGUGGCAUGCAAUCAGUGGUUCUUCACCAACUAGAAGCAUUUGCAGACGUGAAGCUUACUGAAGAAAAGAGCGGCACCUGGACAGUCCCGCCCUACUUCAUUGAUAGUGUCGCCCAUCUCGCAGGAUUUAUUAUGAAUGUUUCGGAUGCAAUUGAUACGAAGAGAGAUUUCAGUGUAACUCCAGGAUGGAGCUCCAUGCGGUUUGCGAAGCCUCUUAUUGCCAGAAGCAGAUAUCGUUCAUACGUCCGGAUGAUACCUACCACUGAAGACACAAAUGUCUAUCUGGGAGAUGUUUACAUUUUGCAGGAUGAUGUUAUCAUUGGUAUGGUUGGCGGUAUUAAGUUCCGCAGGUAUCCACGUCUUUUGCUCAGCCGAUUCUUCUCCGCUCCAGACGAAGCUGGUACUGCUGCCGCCGCAAUAGCUCCGAAACCUGUAAUAUCAACACCUGCUGUGACUGUUGUAGCGGAGCCUGCUAAACCCGAUCCUUCUCCUGAAAUUCUACAACCCUCAUCUACAGCUCCAGCGCUAGGAGUAAAUUCUAUCGAUUCAGAUAGCACAGCCGCCAAAGCCAUGUUGCUCGUCGCUAAUGAAGCAGGCCUGGAACUGGAUGACUUGAAAGACGAAGCGAGCUUUGCAAGCUUGGGCAUUGACAGCCUCAUGAGCCUGGUUAUCGCAGAGAAGUUUAGAGAAGAGCUUGGUAUCACGGUGGGAGGCAGUUUGUUUUUAGAAUAUCCGACUGUUGGAGACUUGAGAGCCUGGCUCGUUGAGUAUUAUAGCUAA